AUGGCAGAGCCGCAGGCAGUGUCGUGGGCUUACACGAUCCCAAUCGACAGCCUGUCGGAAUCUUUCCUGCAAGAUGUGUGCAAAAAUGCUCAGCCUGAGAACACUACGCUCGCAAUCCUCCUAGAUGCAGGCGGUGGGUCAGAGCCCGUAGAAAUGGGACGCUGGCUGUUCCAAGCAAUUGGUUGUCGUCGUCUCUUGCAGGUGCACCUGAAGGACUUCCAAGAGGCGUAUCCUUUCUUAGCAACUGCCUCACGGCUUGGCUUGCCCUCGUACCCCUUAGAAAUCCUGGAGGGGAAGCUGUUCGUGGCUGGCAGAGUAACCCCCGAUGAGACAGCUGUAGAUCAGUUAGGCAUUACGCAUGUUGCAGAUUUGCGUUGCUGGAAAAGCCGCUCCGCUAUGGGGAGCUGCUCGGAGUACAGACAUUUCCCAAUCCAGCGCAAAGAGCAUCUGAAGCCGACCUUGACCCAAGUCCUGCCCUUUGUCUGCGGUGCUUUUGAGGCGGGUGGCCGCGUAAUGCUCCACGCUGAACUUGAAGACGUCAGCAUGUGUCAUGCUGUUGCCAGCAUUGCUGCGUUUCUCAUGCAGGAUUGCCAACUUGACUUGCCAGCAGCCUUGGCGACUGUCCGCAAACAGCUGGCUGGAGAGCAUCUGGACGAUGAUAUGUGCCAGCAGCUGCGAAACAGGUGCUGGACUUUUGGUAGCAUCCACUUGGAAGUGCUUGCGCUGUCAGGCACACACAUGUGCACGCUGGAUGCGGAACCGUUUCUCUCUGUUCAGGAAGUCCAGUCUGAAGUGGAGAAACUCACUGGGAUCCGCCCCUACAUGCAGCGAUUGCUGCUUGGCGAGGGCGAGCUUGAUCAAGAUCGCUGGAGAGCCGUGGUUCAAGACUUUCAUGCUUCUGACCCAGAUGAAAAAUACCGCGUGACGCUCCACCUUGUUCAAUGCAAGGGAGAUGUUUGGGACGCGCUUCGAGACUUGCUGGAAGUUCUGGUGCACAAGUAUGCGAAUGGUCGCCACCUGGAUUUAGUUUUAGCGAAGUUUGAGUCGGUCAAAGAGGAGAUGCAGAACGACGUCCAGGAGGCAGCGUUUAUCCCCAUGCCUGGCAUGUAUGGAGGCGUUUCCGUGGCUUGGCUAGGUGAAUGGGGAAAAGAAGCUUUGGAAAUUAGAACAUCUAGCCGAAUGGAUGAGAACUGGAGCGAUGUCUACCACGUCUCCUCAGACGGCUUCAAGAAGAUGGCAUGA